AUGUCGAACAUUGAGAUAUCUCAAGGACUUCUCCACUUGCCUGGUUCAAACCAUGAAACGAAGGCGUUAGUACAAAAGUUGCUGGAGGAAGAUCUCAAGAAGCAUCAUUGCUUCUACGGAAAACCCGGCUUCCAUAACCACUUACCACACCACCUUCUCGCGUUAUACGACCUUGGGGCUCCAGCAAAAGUGAUGCAAGAUAUGUACAAUCUAGAAGCCGAGGUACAAAGCCCAAUCAAUCUUGUCGACCGGAAGAACGAAACUGUUGCCCAAUUGGAUCUUACCAUCACGAAAGAGAAUUGGACCGAGCAUCUUGGGCGCGAAGAGUACUACAUCGCUUACCUUGAAUUCUUCAAGACAGAAGUUCAGAAGGGAGUACCCGAAUGCCUGGAGGAAUAUAUUUUCUCUCCAAAAGCAAAUGGAAACGAGAAUUGCAUGCUACUGAGAAUUGUUGGUGGAGCUGCACAUCCGCUAAUACAAAUUGGCUACGGAGUCGAAUUUAACAUGCCUGUCAUAGCUGCCUCAGGACUGGCUGAAGUUGCAGUAACUAAACCUAUUCCGCCGGCCUUGUAUGAUGAUACUCCCGGCUCAUCUGCGAAGAAUGCAACGGUUCUAUCCAUAAUUAAGCAGAUGUACGACUCGGAAAUAUUAGUGCCGGUCAUGCCAUAUCAACCCGAAGCAUUCAUCAGCGCACGAAUGAAGGACGCAACGUCGAACGGCCGACCUGAAGAAAUCUGUAGACUCUCCUCACAGAUUCCGAUCGAAGAGAACCCAAAUGUCUCCGACCUCGACUCGCGCGUGAAAGAGUUGAUCUGGGCUGCAACACUUCUCUUGGCAUCAACAGGAAAGCAUGAACGAAAGCCUCGUCUCGACUUCUUCCUCAUGCAUUUGCUUACAUCCUCGCACUUUCUACCAACGUUGAUCCAUGCAGUUAAGACCCCGAUAAACGCAACGCGCCUUCUCCGCAUCUACGUAUCAGUGCUGCUAUUCCUUACGCUUCUUCGUGGCCGUCCACGAAUUGACCCAACACUCAUCAUGACAUACCCUGAUACACCACGCCCUCCCAACUCGAAAGGCAAUCCUGCAGAUGUGAAUCCGUGGCCGGCUAUCAUCGACGAAGUCAUUCACGCACCAGAUUCGCAUACUGUUAAGACAAUCCGCUCGUUGUAUUAUGCUGCACAGCACUAUGGUGAGACGCCUCCUGGAGGCGCAAUUGGAGCUUUUGACGACACCGGAAAGGAAAUCUUGAGGGGUGCCGGAAAGCUGGAUGGUACUAUCUUUGUCCGUGCCGCAGGUAUUGUGAUGAAUAACAUGGGAUGGCUCACGCACGGUCAGGAAGAGGGGAAGUGGGAUAGAAGUGCGCUUGGAUGGGAUGAUGCGUGGAAUACUCCAGACUAGGAACCGAUGAAAUUCUCAAAGAGAAACCAAUCAUGUAGUCAGUGUAUUAUGUGUAACAGUACGUAAAAGUUAUGAUUGAG